GUGGACUCAUUACAAGCGAUCCGCUUGUUAUGCCGAGUAAUCCCAUUUGUCAUUGUGCUUGCCCAAUCGCCGCGCGUUCCUCGCUUGUUAGGCGUUUAACUUGUAUGACAUUUUUAUUUCAUCAUUAUCAUCCGCCUUUCACAAAUUGGCGCCGGGCUGACGCUCCGCUCCUGUCUGGGACGCGCAAGUUGGCGAGACUCGCUCACCCUCACUCGCUCGCUCGCCCUCACUCACUCGCUCGCUCUCCCACUCUCUCGCUCCCACUCAAGAGCGAGCAAAGCGAGUAACCGAGCCAUGUUCACCGCCCUCUCUCGUCUCGCGAGCCGCGCCACUGCUCCCUAGAACAGCUCCGCCUCGGAGAGAAAGCAAGGAGAGAGAGAGAGAGCGGGGAGAGAGAAGAGGAGAGAGAGAGAGAGAGAGGAAAAAAAACAUCCAGGCGAGAGGGAAAGAUCGCUGAUGCGCCUUGGACACGCUUUUCUAAGCUCCGCGCUGGCAAUUUUUAUUUAGGCGCUAUUCGUCGAAUUAAUUUUUUUUAGUUUUUACUUCGCACACAGAGAGACCGAGGCGUCGCCACGGGACGAAGAAAAAGAUGUCCGAGAAAGCGACCACGCCGCAAAAUCCCGGCCCCAACAAAGUGUCAUCCUUCUUCAUCCAAAAUCUUCUCAAUUCCGAAGACAAGCCCGCGACCAAGCCCGAGCGCCAGCUCAUCUGUUUCGGAUUCGGCAAUGUCCGCUUCGGCGAGGAGAUGUCGGCUCUCGGGCACGGCGCGGGCCUCGUAGUGGCUCCGUUCGAGAUCCCCAUGCCGAGAUUCGCAAUGCCGCCCUUUCGCUUCGUCGAGAAGUCCAUUGCCCCGUGGCACCCCUAUCUCCCGUUCGGACAGACGGAGGAGAGUCCUAGGGGAUGCUCCCCAUCUCUGCCCAACAGCGAUCACGCCUCGCCGUCUCCCUUCAGCGACCGGGGCUCUCCGGCCACCGCGGCCAAUAAAUGCGAGGACGCGGACGGAGGAGACUCGUCGGGGUGCGCCGACGAGCGACUCACACCGCACAAAACUGCCGCAGCCGCCGCAGCCGCCGCAGCCGCCGAAGACGCAGCAGACGCCAAGGAAGAAUCCAUUGGCGACAGCGGCUCCGAGCGACAACUCGAGACGAGCGGCGGCGUCGAUCUUCUGGAGAAGAAGGGCGGACGCAAGAAGAAGACGCGGACCGUGUUCUCUCGGAGCCAAGUGUUCCAGCUGGAGUCGACGUUCGACAUGAAGCGCUACCUGAGCAGCGCGGAGCGCGCGGGGCUCGCCGCGUCGCUCCACCUCACCGAGACGCAGGUGAAGAUCUGGUUCCAGAACCGGCGCAACAAGUGGAAGCGCCAGCUCGCCGCCGAGCUCGAGGCCGCCAACCUUUCGCACACGGCGCAGCGCCUGGUCCGGGUGCCCAUCUUGUACCACGAGAGUUCAGGGGUCAGAGACGCGGCGGCGGCGGCGGGCAGCGCCCACGUGCACGGCGGGGCGAGCCACUUGUCACGGCCUCUCCUGCAGGGCUUUGCCCAUCCGCUCCCGUACAUGCACCAGGCCAUCGGCGGCCCGAUGCCCGUGAUGCGCUCUAUGACUGGCUUAGUGUAACAAGCAAAACAAAAACUAUUUUUAACAAGUUUUUUUUUCGUUUCCAUUGGUAUAUAUGUUGGAUUUGUUUGUUUUUUUAUAUAUGAAAUACUCUGGGUUUUUUUGUACUACGGUGUAAAGUGUGAGAAUUCGAGCGCCCAGCGCGUUGCUUGUAAUGCGCAAGUUGGCGUGUGUGUGUGCGUGCGUGCGUAGGUGUGUCGACUACUGAGCUGUAAACCACAAAAACAUUGACGUUUGUUGUGCUUGUCUUGUAAGUAUCGUUUGCGGUAUAUAUACACACACAUUGCACACGUUUAAUCGACGGCGCUUCUGAGCUAAGAUUGCGUACACGGUACAGCCCGUGUUGUCAAACCACAGCUGAGACGCACCGCCAACUAUAAAACAUGUAAAGUGUUCCAUACACGGUCGGCGUCUUUCGGUGUUCUCUUUACGAUUGUGUACAUAAGCGUAUUUUAUUGCAAAUGUUGGAAAUGGGGGGGGGGGUAAGGAAGCGAAUGUACAGAUUAAAACAGAUCGAAUUUCAAUAUAUAUGCUGUAUAUUGUAGCCUAUACCCGUCAAAGGUUAAUCGCGUCCGUCUAUCGUUUAUUUCUCCCAUGUAAUUGCUGUACUGUAUUUCUCCACCGCUCGCCGACUGAGAGGACGACGUCGCGUGAACGUCGCGUGAAUACGAACGGAUGUCAAAAAGCAAGCCCCCCUUCCCCCCGUCCUGCGCGAAUUGUACACGUGUAUUUUUGAAAGAGAGACGUGCUUAUUUAUUCGCCUCGCGCUUCGUUGUCGCCAACUCGCCACGCACGUGCUUCUUGCCACGACCGUCAAAGCUGGCCGUCCUCAGUCGGCCUCGACUUCGUAUUUAUUCGCCCCCGAUUGUUCUAUCUCGCGUCCGUUUCGUUGGGGAGGUGUGAGCUGCCAGAUAACGUUGCGGAGAAAGGACGAACGAAGCCCCAUUAAACGUGAACUUCUGAUAAUUUUA